AUGGCCGGCUGUUCACUGGUUUUUACAAAGCAGUUCUCCAGGCAAAUCCGCAAGGAGGGUCUGUCGUCGAUAUCUGUCAUUUAUGGAGGAGAGCGGCAUGUAAGGUUGGCUCACAAUGUUGCAAACCAAGCUCCCCAUCUCGACUUCCGCUCAUUCGUCGACGAGCUUCGUUCAGAUGAUGACCUAGCAGACAUCAACGCAGAGGUUGACCCUCAUCUGGAAGUUGCCGCCAUCAUUCGACGCGCAUAUGAAGUGCGAUCCAAAGCACCCCUCUUUAAUAACGUCAAAGGGGCCAAGGAUGGACUCUUCCGCAUCAUCGGUGCACCAGGAGGCUUGUCGAGUGACUCGAGAUAUCCAUACAAGCGCUUGGCGCGUCAUCUUGCCCUUCCACCAACAGCUGGUUUGAACGAUGUGAUUGACAAAAUGCUCGCCGCAAAAGGCACUCCACCCAUCCCACCGGUUCAUAUCUCCAGCGGGCCUUGCAAAGAGAUCAAGAUCUUCGGUGAUGAUAUUGAUCUGACAAAGCUUCCGGUGCCGCUCCUCAACAAAGCCGAUGGCGGAAAUUACAUCCAGACUCUGGGCAUCAAUAUCGUCCCUCAUCCGGCAGGAAAAUGGACGAAUUGGUCAAUUGCCCGAGCUAUGAUUCACGACAAGAAUCGCAUGAGCGGUUUGAUCAUGAAACCCCAGCACAUUGCGCGAAUUUAUGAGCAGUGGCAAAACAAAGGCGAGGACGUUCCAUACGCCAUAGCCCUUGGUGCACCACCGAUUGCUGUAAUGGCAGCCAGCAUGCCCUUACCUCAAGGUGUUUCGGAAGCAGAGUACGUAGGCUCACUUUGCGGAUCUCCUCUUGAACUCGUCAAAUGUGAGACGAAUGACAUGUACGUUCCUGCAAACAGUGAGAUUGUGUUGGAGGGUACCAUUUCAGUGAAAGACAGAGGCCGAGAAGGCCCGUUCGGUGAAAUGCACGGGUACAGCUUCUUGGAUGAGAACUCUUCACAGCCACUGUACAAGGUGUCGGCGAUCACACACCGGAAAGAUCCAAUCCUGCCUGUUUGUGUACCGGGACGAGCGACAGGGCCAGACGAGACGCACACGAUGAUUGGCACACUGGCUGCAGCAGAGAUCAAGCAACUAUUGCAGGAUAGUGGACUUCCAGUGAUGAACGUCUUCACUCCUUUCGAAUCACAGGUAAUAUGGGCGGCAGUUCAGGUCGACCGACUAAAACUGGCAAAGCUCAACACAAAUGCCAACGAGUUUUGCAACAAGAUUGGAAAUCUGGUAUUCCGCCAUAAAUGUGGCAUGCAGAUCCACCGUCUCCUGAUUGUCAGUGAUGAUAUCGAUCCGUUCAAGUUCGAAGACGUGACUUGGGCCUUUGCUUCGCGAUGUCGGCCUAGUGUGGAUGAAUUCCAUUUCGAGGACGUGCCUGCUUACCCAUUGGUACCGUAUAUGUCUCAUGGGAUAGGCACAAAGUUGACGGGCGGGAAAGUGGUUGGGAAUUGUCUCUUGCCAAGCGAAUACAAAGGCGAGCAGGGUUGGGUCACUUGUGACUUUGAAAAUGGAUAUCCCGAGGAGAUCAAGAAGAAGGUACUCUCGAGAUGGAGCGGUUUUGGUUUGUAA